ACGGUCCUCUUUUUUUUAAAGUGCUAGUGGAGGACCGAAGGGGCAGAGGGACCGUUCCGGUGAAAUACAAUAAAAAGGGUCACGACGGUCAGAAUAAUUUAAGGAGGACGUUAUUAGUUAUAUCGAGUAUUUUUGUAUUAUAUAAACCUUUUUCCGGUUUAACUCUUCUUAUACGGGUAUUUAAUAAGCUAACGCGGUGUAGCUAAGCUAAAUGUAAGCAACUAGUCAAGCUAAGCUAAGCUAGCAGCUAACCAAAAAAAAAACCCAACGAUAUUUCGGUAUAUUUAAAUCUUUUUUUUUUUUUUUUUUUUUUAAUAAGCCCGAUUUUUUUUUUUCUUGGGGCCUUAUUAUUAUAAUAAUUUUGGAUCCUGACGAUUCUCCGUGACUGAAAAAAAAACCCUGACGUGCUUGAAGUAAAAUGGCGGAACCGGACAAAUUAAACAUCGACUCCAUAAUACAGCGUCUCCUGGAAGUUAAGGGCUCACGGCCCGGCAAGAACGUCCAGCUGACCGAGAACGAGAUCCGCGGCCUCUGCCUCAAAUCGCGUGAAAUCUUCCUGAGCCAGCCCAUCCUGCUGGAGCUCGAGGCUCCUCUGAAGAUCUGCGGUGACGUUCACGGUCAGUACUACGACCUGCUGCGGCUCUUCGAGUACGGUGGGUUUCCUCCCGAGAGCAACUACCUGUUCCUGGGCGACUAUGUGGACCGAGGGAAGCAGUCUCUGGAAACCAUCUGCCUCCUGCUGGCCUACAAGGUCAAAUACCCAGAGAACUUCUUCCUGUUGAGGGGCAACCAUGAGUGUGCCUCCAUAAACCGCAUCUAUGGCUUCUACGAUGAGUGUAAGAGAAGGUAUAACAUCAAACUGUGGAAGACGUUCACAGACUGCUUCAACUGCUUACCCGUGGCUGCCAUCGUAGACGAGAAGAUUUUCUGUUGCCAUGGAGGUCUUUCUCCGGACCUGCAGUCUAUGGAGCAGGUUCGGCGUGUGAUGCGUCCCACAGACGUGCCGGAUCAGGGCCUGCUGUGUGACCUGCUGUGGGCUGACCCAGAUAAAGAUGUGAUGGGAUGGGGAGAGAACGACCGCGGCGUCUCCUUCACCUUCGGCGCAGACGUGGUGGCCAAAUUCCUGCACAAACACGACAUGGACCUCAUAUGCAGGGCGCAUCAGGUGGUGGAGGACGGAUACGAGUUCUUCGCCAAGAGGCAGUUGGUCACUUUGUUCUCCGCUCCGAACUACUGUGGAGAGUUCGACAACGCCGGGGCCAUGAUGAGCGUGGACGAGACACUCAUGUGCUCCUUCCAGAUCCUGAAGCCGGCUGAUAAGAAGCUGUACUCGUAUGGAGGAGGAGGCGUGGGCUCAGGGCGUCCGGUCACUCCGCCUCGCAACUCAGCCAAGGGGGGGAAAGCCAAGAAAUAGCACUCGCUAUGCUGGACCCUCCCUCCAUCCCUGUUUCUUUUCUUCCCUCUCUUCCUCCAUCCACCCUCUCACCCCCACCCCCAGCCUAAAAAUAAUACCCCAUCUCUCUCUCUCUCUCUCCAUCUCCAUCUCCCUCCUUACUGCCUCUCUAUCUCUCUCUCUCUCCAAACACACACAGAGUACCCAGGGUUUUCCUUUCUCUCUCUCUCUCUCUCUCUCUCUCUCUCUCUCUCUCCCACCCUUUUUUCACUUCUCAUUGACGCAGUGCGAGUGUUUGUGAGUAAGCGUGAGGUUUUAUUCCACUUUUCUUUGUCCUUCCUUCUCUCUGAAGAGACUUUUCCAGGCCUUGGCCUCGUACUGUUUAUUUUUAUUUCCUAUUUUUUUUUAAAUCACAUCGCUGCUGUCGCUGCACUUCCUGUUUCAGAGCCAGUCUGAUUUAUAAACUGUAAUACACACACACACACACACACACACACACACACAUACACAAAGCCCCCUACUCUGGGAGAAUAGAUGAUGAUGAAUAUUAUGACGCACAGGAAGGCGGCGAUGCGGAUGUGCAACGUAAGAGGGAGAGAAAAAAAAAAAAACUCGUCACAGGUGCAGAAUUUCCAUUUAGACGCAUUUAAGAAACAAUCAUGUUAUUUUUUUUUACAUGUUUUUUCUUUCUAUUUUUUCCCCUUUCCUUUUUUCUGUUAUUUGAUGAUUUGUAGAAUCAUGAAGAAAAGCUUUCGAAGUGCUUAUUUUCAUGCUUAUUUUGUGUUCUUUGGUCUUUUUUUGGUAGUCUCUUUUUUGAGAAUCAAUUAUCAAUAAAGAGAACUGUUUAUUUAAAAAACAA